AUGCGGCUAUUGACGCGGCUUGCCGCUUUGCGGCCGCUUACUGGCUCAAGUACCUCACCAAUUCAUGCGCGAUGGAUUUCACACACGACUGCGAGACGCGAAGGACGAUCCAGCACCGAAUCGAUGCUACAGCGCAUCUACGGCGGUGCUCCCGCGACACAACCACAGGACGCCCUCGGCAACCUGUCCAAGAGCAUGGUAUUCGAUUCCUUUAACAAGCGAUCAAUCGACACCGGUGUAUUGAUGGGCAAGCCACAACCCGUCAAGGAAGACAGCUUUGAGCCUUACCACCUUCACAUCUACGCACACAAGCACAAUACACACGUCACAUUUACGCUUCCCAACAAGAAUGCGGUCCUCUCGCUGUCGUGCGGCAACGUGGGCUUCAAGAAAUGCCGUCGGGGCACCUUCGAUGCGGCCUACUCACUUGCCAAGUAUGCCCUGGAGCGAUUGGUGUACAUGGGAUACACGACCAAGAUUAAUCGAGUCGAGCUAUCUCUACGCGGCUUCGGCCAGGGGCGUGAUGCCACCGUCAAGGCGCUCAUGAGCCCUGAGGGUGCCUUUCUGCGCGACAAGAUUGUCCGUGUAACGGAUGCCACGCGUGUCAAGUAUGCCGGCACCCGUAGUCCGGCCAAGAGGCGUCUAUAA